AUGGGGGCGUUCAGAUCCUCCGACGAAACCCGAUCCAUUGUGAUGGAACCUUUGUGCGUCUUUGCAUUGAACUAUCACCUAGGGCUCGCGAAGAAACGCGAUAAGCUGAUUAGCCUUGUAGGGACUAUGUCCUCACCGGUACUCGAGCAUGCGGUGGCGCAUGCCCCUCAUAUCCACCGAUUUCCUCCAGAAAUCAUCUUAGAGGUGUUAGUGAUGCUGCUCGACGACAACUCAAGAAACAUGAUUUACCCCUCGCAUGUUUGUCGCCUCUGGCGCCGGUUGAUCAUCCAAUCACCUUCGCUGUGGACUUGCAUCGUCCUCGGCGAUGACGAUGAGGAAGAGUAUGAUGUUGUUCCCUACCUCGUCACCGUUGUUGAACGAGCCAGUGGACAUCCACUUUCUCUUUCGAUCGGCCCCAAUAAUGAACUGCGUAAGCCCUCCGAGCUUCUCGACGAUGUUACAGUCAUGGCGGGAGAGUGCCGCGAGCGUAUCUAUGGACCCCACGAGUGGCUCCUCCCAGAAGGCGUGGUGGAUUUCCGGCCAUUCACGCAACUCCGGUCGCUCACCCUCGAUUCCAUGCAAGAUCUGGUGCGCCGUGGCACCAGUUGA